GAGGCGAAGUCACGAAGAGAAGAAUGGAGAUGAGCGUCGAGCGAAGAGGCGAAGUCACGCGAAGUCACGAAGAGAAGAAUGGAGAUGAGGCGAUUAGGCGAAGUCACGAAGAGAAGAAUGGAGAUGAGGCGAUUAAGAAUGGCGGAGAAGGCGAAGUCACGAAGAGAAGAAUGGCGGAGAAGGCGAAGUCACGAAGAGAAGAAUGGCGGAGAAGGCGAAGUCACGAAGAGCACGAAGAGGCUAGGGCUUGAAGUCUCCUCUGAUUUUUUUUUUUUUUUUUUUUUUUUAAAAAAAAUAACUUAAAAUUUUUUUUUGGGCCUGGUGAGUCACUUGACCCACCAGGUCUAAGCCCAAGUCCGCCACUGAACACAUGCCUUUUUUGAGAAUUUCUCUCCUAAUUGAUGUCUAACGCAUGACUUAUAUAUGCAUGUCUACAUCCUAGGAACAAUAUGUGGCCUCUAACACAUUUAACUUUCCCCAACUUUCUUUCCUCUACCACGUCCUCUCCCUUCUUCAUCAUAAAUUAUUGCAUCUUUAUUUAAUAAAUUAUUUACAUCUCCAGACAAGAUUUUUUUUUCUUUUAUAUAAGUCAUAUUACAUAUUAUUUCUAGUGGAAAUAUACCUACUAGGAACAAAAAAGAACUACAUAAAUAUAUAUAAUGGAAAAAGAAGCAUAUUAUGAUGAUGAAGUUGAAAUACUAGAAUUUCAGCCUUCAUGUAACAAGGAGAGUAAGUUUGCGGCUGAGAUUGUAGAGAUUGGAGAGGAAAAUGAUGAAUAUAAAGGAGUAAAUUGUGGAAGCAAAGUAAAUGAUAAUAAGAAUGAAGAUGUUUAUGUUGCAGUUGGUAAAGAUGAUGUACAUGUACUUAAAUGGGUUCUUGCUCAUGCUGUUGUACCCGGAGCUCGUGUUAAUCUCAUCCAUGUGUCUCAUCCAAUUUCGUCCAUUUCAACCCCCGUUGGAAGGUUGUGGAUUGGUCAAUUGAGUCCCGAGCAAAGCAAGAUUUUUGCAAUUGAAGAGCACAACAAGAGGAAGAAUUUAUUGAACAAAUACAUUCGCCUUUGUCUUGACAACAAGGUAAAUGUGGAUACCAUACUUAUUGAGUCAAGUGAAACAACAAAGGCGAUUUUGGAUCUUAUUCCAGUUCUCAACAUGACUUCUCUUUUUAUGGGCACCAAGCAUCAAAACCUUGCAAGACGAUUGAUAAAAGGAUCAAGUAAAGGAGCAUUAAUCCAAAAAAGCGCUCCGAAUUACUGUAAAGUCUCCCUUAUUUAUAUUGGAAAGACGAGCGUGGAUUAUCGAGGAAAGGUACAUCACAUAUCAUCUCCCUUCGUAGCCUCAAAUGACAAACAAACCAAAGUAACUCGACAAAAGUACAAAGGGAGUCACAAGAAAUGUACGUGUUUACCGGUUAAGUUCGGCUAAAAAGUUUUUGGCAUCACAUGUAUGAAUAACAUUCAAUAGUCAUUAGAAUUAUGAGUGAUAUUUUACUUGUUAUGGAUCUUAUGAUCAUAAUUUUUAUGAGGUAUAUUGUAUAUAUGAAAUUUAAUUUUACCUUGUUUUGUUUGAAGUUUGCUAACCCCUUUGGCUACAAAAAACAUGUGUUAUCUUAAAAAAUACAUGCAUUAGCAAGCGUGAUAAUAGAAAGGUGUCAACUAAAAAAAAAAAAACAGAGGAGGUAUUAAUUACUUUUAUGUUGUUCAUAAAUCAUAAUCCAUAUUUAAUACUUUUACAUUAACAACUUUUAAGCGGCUACUCCAAACUGUGAACCCAAUCAUAUUGUUCAAACAUGUAACAAUUUAAAAUUCAAAGGUGUAUGACCUCUUACAUAACUUAAUUCAACCAAACACAUGGUCUCUUUAAAUGUAAUGUAUAACAAAGUAAUAUUACCACAAGUUUACAAAAAAAAA